AUGAUCAAGGAACUGUUACAUGAGGGCACCAUUAGGCCAUCACACAAAACAACUCAAGGUCAUGAGAAACACCUGCAAGUAGUAUUCAACAAACUAGCAGAGCGGGCUGUUGUUGUCAAUGAGGACAAAUGCCAACUCUGGCAAAAAUGUGUUACAUUCAUAGGCCAGCUCGUCAACACUUCGAGCAUCCAUCCCACCCCAGAAAACAGAGACAAAAACACAUCAAGCAAACAUAAGCUCACUUGUAUUCAUGAUUUGCAAGGAACUUUCGAGAACAUCAAAACAGAGCUGGCUCAGAUUACCACCCUGGCACUUUCAUCCAUGGACACUCAUAUGGUUAUGAUAUCCGACACCAACGACCGAGCGAUUUGGGCAGUGCUACAACAGGAAGUCCCCAGUGCAACCCAACCCCUAUGGCUUUUCUUGUGGAAACUUACUGACUCCCAGAAUAUGUGGUGA